UUGCGGGGCUUGCGCCGCAUUUACACAAGUGAGUGCAGUCCUAAAUGAGACACACAGAAGCCGUUUUUAGUAAGGCACUACAUAUGCAUACCCUUGAUUCACUCAUUAUAUGUGCUACUCUAAUUAGGGUAUGGGUAACACUGUUAAACCUAUCGUAAUGCUUCUUCCUGGAUGAAGUCCCUUCUAAAAAUGAUCAAAAUCUAUUUUUUUAUAGGCUUAUCUGGGUAAACUCAAUUUAAUGCUAAAAAUGUUAGAACUUCACUACAGACCUAAACUGUUACCGCUUUGGUCUCUAUUACAGCUCUUACAAGUCGCCGAAAUCUUUAUUUAUUAACAUUCUUUAUUAACAAAAUGCUACCUAGUACUCCUUCUCAAUACAUAAGUCGUUUCCUCAGUGCUAAUUAUCUAACUGCUCCGUCUUAUAGGCUGCAGUCACAAUUUGGCCUGACCUGAAGAUUCUUAGCACUCUGACCGACACUUCAACCUAAUAAUUGAUUUCGUCACGACAUUAUGACCGUCGAAACUUUACUCCUCGUCAGAACUUCAACUCGAUCGCCUCUAAAGCGACGUUUCCCGUCAUUUAUUACAUUAAAUCCCCCGAAAUUUUAUUUUAUUAUUAAUGAUUUUGCUUCGAACGGAUCUGCCCCAAACCAAUUAUUUCUAAUCAAUACUAUUUACUGCUUUUUGACAAUCUUCGAUAUUUUAUACGCUUGUUUAAUGUGGUCGUAAUUUAGCUAUGAAUACAAUAUAGCUCUAUGCAAAAAUUUUGCAUAAAGUUUUGUUUUAGUCUAUAAUCUUGUUGUAUUAUAUCCUAGUGCAAGCUUGUUUGCUCUGGCAGUUUUCUCUAGGAUACUUAGCUAUCUCCAGCGCAUUUCAUCUAAUAGAAAACGUGAUCUAAAAUACACGCAAGUCAUAAUCAAUAUUAAUCAAAUUUCCAUAAUACGUAGAGAGCUCCAUAAAUUCACUUCCUAAAUUUAUGCUAAGGUAUUUGGAUGUAAAAACUUGUCGGUAUGUUUAACUUAAAACAACGACAGAAAACAAAAAUGUUCUGACAAUUGGUUAUAAGCGAGUCUACAGGAAGAAAAGGGUUAAUAACAUUUGUUUCUACUGUUGUAAUCUGUUACAAUAACCGACUGAUAAGACAGCAUAUAUAUACAGGGAUUUUAAGUCUAGAUUUCCUUCGACUGGUCUUCAACAGUUUCAUAAGCACAUCAUCUAUAGGUUGAGCUAGUGAACGAGAGCUCGCUCCAUUGAGGAUAUAAACAAGCUUGUAGCCGUGGCGGAAAGCAGUGCGCCGUCAUCGGAAUUUGAGUAGCUAUUAUCUAGUCUCUCCAGGUUAGACGAAUUUCCACACAGAUUAAAAACCGUUUUGAGAAUUUACAUUAUUUAAGGUUUUUACGUGGUUUUCGAAAGAUUCAAAGGAUACUUCCAAGAGGUAAAUCGAAAGCUUCUGAAUAGACUUUAAAUUUAAGAGACUCGGAAAAUCGAAAAUCGGUUUAAAGAGCUACUUUUGAUAACUUCUGAUUUUUGAUACAUAAAAUUAGAGACCAUUAUUGAGAGAAUUUUUGAGACCAAUUGGACCGAUCAGCGGAGCUCGAAUGAUCGAGAUGGCUCUUUUGCUUCUAUUGAAGUUUUUGGUUUCUUAAACAAUUACUUUUUGAAGUUUAGUUUAGUGAAACACGAUUACUAUUGAAAAAUUUUUGUAAAGCAAAAAAAAGGGAUAGUUUAAACUUGACUAAUGAAAUGUUUAAGUAAUGAAUUGGAAAAGUAGUCAAGAUAAACGAAGUUACCUUGGUGAAACACGACCGCCAGGAGCAACAAAUGCAAAAAAGAUCGUUGAAGUGUCUGUUUUUCUCUGCAUACAGCCUUAGAAGCAACAUAUAAUAUUGUACUGUAUGUACAUUAUAGUUUAUUGUGAAACAUGCUUUCUAACUUCUUAAUUGAGUUUGUAUUCAGACACGCACAUGAUAUCCCGCUGUAAAUAAAUGAAUGUUUAAUGACUUAUGGUCACCGAAAAAGCACUGUCUUCAAAGAUCCAGCAAAGUUCAGGUGAUUGUAAGGCAGUGUAGUUGUUUGCACGAGGUUUUUCACACCCACUUUUCAAACCAAUCUGAGUGGAUUCAAACUUGUGGAUAAAUUUGUACAGACUUCUUGAAUUUUUGGAAGUUUUAUAACCUUUGAAACGGUUGGGUAUUUAUAGGGCAAAAUAGACUUAACUCCAAAAUGCAGUAUGACGUUAUAUGCUGCCUCGCUGUACCUUCUUACCGCACAUAGCCCUUUGAUCUCAAUAUCUCUUAUAAAACUUAGCUUCAUAUGAUACUCAUGUGAAGUUCACGAAAGAUUAUCCCUACCGAACUUCUGGCUAGAAGCAAAUUUAGUCCCGUACCUACUGCGUUAUUAUUAUUUUACUACUAUUGUACUGCUGGAUUAUAUUAUAUUAAUAAUACUGCAAUAAUGGUUUGUUAAUAAUUAAGAAACUUACAUCCUUUUAAGUAAAUCCGUCUAAAAAAAUAUUAUAAUAACAUAAUAGUGGGAAACAGAAACAGUCAGGUUAAUGACUUAAGCAUUACUAUUAAGCAAAAUUUUUAGUACGUUAAUUAAGUGAAUCUUACACUAUUGUUAUUAUUAUUACUACUAUUAUUAAGGGUUAUUAUCAUAGAGGCUCGUUGCUAUUUGCUCAUACCAGGUUCCAUUAUGUUGCAAGCGCGGCACAUAUAUGUUAUAUUAAGGUAAUUCCGAGGGACUACACACUGAUGUUCGUUGAGUUAUAUUAAUGUGUAAGGUUUGAAAUGCAACGGUUUCAUCCAGUAAUCUAGGGCAUCCGCUGCGUUACAAGAGGAGCGAUAACAUUACCAUUGAACCUCAAUUUCAUACGUAUCUCUUUCACCAGCAGCCCAUUGAAGCCAAAGCUCGUUGCUAUUGAGGAACUUGCCAAAAAUGUAAUAGCUAGUUGAAAAUGAAACUAAUAUUAUAAAUCAUAACGAGCUAUAUUGCGGCAGUCCAAUCUACGGUCAUCAAAUACUUUUUCUUCUCGAAACCCAUGCCUACUUCUUUACUUUAGGUUAAUAGAACAGAAUAUUUCUAACUUCUUCUGCAACACUAGUUCAGACUAAUUUCGGUUGGGUUUGCUUAUAAUAAAAUCAAGAACGCUUGCAUGAUGUGGCUUAAAUACGCCCAAGAACGUUCAUGCACCUGCCUGUUUAUAACCAAGUAUAUUUUUGAUGAUUGUUCAAAUUUGGCGCUUCGACCAUCUAAGUAAGAGAGUAGCGUCAUAGAUGACGUGAACCAUGACGACGACUGUUUUUAGUCAAAUUUUGGCGCGCAUUUUAACAGAUAUCCAUUACAGGCAUUUGGCGUCGGUCAAUUGUUGUUGAGCUUACUGUCUUGGAUCUCUGUCUCGGUGUGACUAUUUUCUAAGAUGUACCAGAACGAGGUUAAAACCGCACCAAAGAUUCGUUUUGCCAGGCUUACCGAGCAUGCCAUGGCUCCUACGCGGGGUUCUGCAAAUGCCGCCGGAUAUGAUCUGUACAGUGCUUAUACGUAUACUGUGCCUCCUCGGGGAAAGCAGUUGAUCAUGACGGACAUUCAGAUUGCGGUGCCAGAGGGAUGCUAUGGACGCGUGGCGCCACGAUCUGGUCUCGCGUUGAAGAACUUUAUUGAUGUUGGGGCGGGAGUCAUCGAUUACGACUACCGAGGCAAUGUGGGUGUUGUACUCUUCAAUUUUGGCGUGGAAGAGUUCAAAGUCGAAAAGGGAGAUCGCAUUGCGCAGCUGAUCUGCGAGCGCAUCUUUUACCCGGAGAUCGAAGAAUGCAAAACUCUAGAUGAAACUACACGCGGAACUGGCGGUUUCGGUUCAACCGGCACGAAAUAAAUUAGUGAUCAAUAACUGUCAGUAAUCUUUUAUGUCUACUCUAUCACAGAACGAAUCGCACAAAUUUGCGAAUUCUGAAAAAAACUAAAAAGAGAACCAUCGAGUAGUGCUCGAUUUUAUAUUUCCUGAGGCAGAGUUUGCUAAAAUGAUUUCACAGAACUACGUCUAAAGAGACUGCAUAAGUAAAUAACAUCCGUGUUGAAUGGACAAUUGAAAAAAAACAGGUAUUUAUACACACAUUAGGAAGGGUUGUUUAUGAGAGACCUAAGCUUUAGCCGGACCUUCUUGCGAAGAUAACGAGCAUGAUAUAAUUAAUUGUUAAAGAGCAAACUAAAGACUAUAGUAAACUUUAAAUCUAUUUUUUAAUCUUUCUGAGUGUUCCUUAUAUAUGUUCCAUAUUCUGGUACUAUUACAAAUUAUAUGACCCGUUAAAAUUUCCUUUUUGUAGGAAUUUCUAGAAAAAUAUUAGUUAUUAUCGGUAAUGCAUAACAGCAAAUGUAGGGUGAGACAAUAUUAGUUUAAAAUGUAUUAGGGUGGUAUAAUGAAAUUCGAAUCCAAUGAGAUUACUUGGAAAUGUUGUAUUCAUGUUCUAUCCUUUUUAUCAGGCCGCCUUAUGUAUUACCAUAUGUAUUUCUGAUCUAUCAUUUCGACGUGUCUAUGAUCCAUAUCUACAUAGUAGUUAAGCACGAAAAUUUAAAAAGUAAAAUUUCAACCCGACGUUUUUAUUAAUAAAACGUUGGGUUGAAAUUUUCCGGUUUUCUAUUCCGAAAAAAGUCAAGCUCGCAUAUAUUGUAUACAUAUGCAAGCUUGACUUCAGUGAUGCAAGUCAAUUGACUUAUAUAAGUCAAUUUCUAAUAAUUUUAUUAUUCUUUGUGGUUUAGUCUAAUCCGAAAAAGAAACUCGAUGAUAAAAAAAUAGAUAGCUCAGAGUUAUGACUCAAGAAAAAUUACAUUAAAGAAUUGCUAUUAUUAUUAUAACGCGAGUUAGUAAUACAUAUUGCGCGGAGAAGCUACCAUCAUGAAAGAGGUAAAAAAGUAACAAUCACCUCUUCUCGAGCUGUCGUCUUGUGCCCUCAGACACCACUAUAGCCUUGUCCAGCAAAAAAAAUUGUGUCAGUUGAACUACUACUAAAACAAUAGCAACUAUAUACUCCAAUUUAAGUACACUUUGAAUAAGCAUCCGUGGGAAAUGAUCCAGAAAACCGCGCUAGCUAUUCCAACUCUCGUCUACAGUUUGGCUCGAAGAAAACACUCUGCGAUAAAAAGCUUACGUUGAAGCUUUCUUUUUUCAUUUAGUCAGUUAUUAGAGGAAUUGAACAAACUGUAAACAGCGACGAACAAACAAUUUGGGGUUUAGAAUACAGAAAAAAUAAAGAAAUGCGACAUGUAGUAAGUCGCAGGGUUUUGAGCGUCGUUAUUAUUAUGAGACCCAAAAAUGAAUGCCACUAACAAGCAAGCACUCCGGAGAUCAGGAACCUUGGAACCAAAAGAGCGCGGAUCAAUAAAUAAAAAAAGAGAAUAAUUUAAAUCGAAUUAGUUUCCGGGUGUGCUUCUAUUGAAAAUGCUUAGGACCCCAGAGCGGUGUAAAAUAGCCAUUUCGUUAUUCCGGCGAUGGAGCUGCCGAAUUCCGACAUGAAAACGCCAUAAUGCCAAUGAGACGAGCCUGUGCUACUUUGUUUCGACUUACAUUUUCGAUUCUGUUAGUAGGAUAGACCAAGACGUAGUAGUUAGGUCGUAGGUUUCGCUAUUGUUAACCAAGAAGCGAAGGAGAAAUUUCUCACUAUCAGAGCCACAUUUAGCGCAAAAAGAGGAAGUAACUACGGCGUAAACAGUUGUGGACUGCGGGAGACUUGCUCAUAGAGGUUUCAUAUAUAUACAUAUAGACUUUUUGUGAAGGGUUUGAGUACUGUAGCUUACAUGCGACAGGCACCACCGUAGCGUAAUAUUUGUAAUAUACGACGAGUGUGAAGCUUAGCCCUAGCGGUUGGACUUAUUCCAGUCGAGACCACUACUUACUAAUCUAGGCGACCUAGAUCAUCAUUCAUCACUAUUACAGGCUUACAAGAAAAAAGGCUAGUACCACCGAAUCAUUAGGCCGGGAUCACUCUAGUGAGGUUCCCUACCUCCCCAGACGAGCUAACUUUCUACACGGAAGUAUAAUCUCCUCGUGCGUCCUCUGAACCUAACAAAGCCUGUCAUAUUGCUCAGUUGUAAUAUAAUAAACCUAUCUUUUCCUUUAAGAUUUUCUUCAGCGAAGCUUUAACCACGUUUUGUACACCUCAGUGAUCGUAUCAUAAAGGAUGUAAUCCCCGCAUACCACUUCCUAGGGACAGUAUUGUCUCGCUUGUCAUGUGCCUUUCUUCAUAAAUGGGUAAGCGCCGUGUAAGUCGUUAGCGUGUGGUAUGCUGCAUGUUUCAGGCCCACAAUGCACAAGACACAGAUGUUCAGUAGGGGGUUACUGAUUUUGUAAAGAUAGCUUUUAAAAGCUCCAUGACCCAUAAGGACUUGCGGAAUUAUAAAUAAGCUCUCUACCGGAACAUGCAAUUUCUAUGUAAGGGAUGAUGUCUUUCAUUGCUGUUCCCAGAAUACAGUAUUGUUUCCGAUAUUCUCACUGCAUUCUGAAGGCUUAUCUUCCAUACCAUCCGUCAGAUUCUGCACGAGCAUGCACCUUUUUUAACUCUCAGAUGUCAGAGAAUGGGACCUGUGAAGACUAAGGCCGCGUUUGCGCUAGCCGUGUGGUAGGCUUCAAUAAUUCUAAGCGCAAGGGUUAGUUGGGCACUUCACGUAGGUUUUUAACUAUGGCUCUAUAGUUUCGCGCAUUGUACCAAUAGAUGCACGAAGUGCUCUACCAAAUUUCCUAUUGCCGUGAGAAGCUUCUUCUGUUUUUCUCGUAGGCCAUUAAUGCCGGGCAGUAUUUUGAUAAUUCUUACAGGGGCUGUAGUUGUUCUUGUGACAGCUUGCUUAAUAUGGUGCACUUCUUUCAAUGUGUGAUCAACUUAGACGUUCAAGCAUCUCGUCAUUUUUAGCGGGUUUAUUUUUUCCCCGUCCGAUCUAAGUGUAAGAAACUUGCGUUUUUUUUCUUGCCGAUAUGUACUAUAAUCUCUGACUUUGCAAACGUCAAAGAUAACUCGUGUUAUUCUAUUUAUACUAAGACCUCUUUUAAGAUCCCGCUUGCUUUCCUUUAGAGUUCUUUUGCGCUCCGGGCUUAGAUUGUGGUAGCAAGAUCAUCUGCAUAGGUAGUGAUUCCUAUUUCCAAAGGAAAAUUGCUUAGCCUUAGCAUCUCAUGAUAAACCGAAAUCCCCAGAAGGGAGCUAAAAUAAACCUUUGUGUAACUCUUGCUGUUAUAGCAAAAAUAGGUUCUUUAUUGGCUACCAAUAUGUCCCGUAGGUAGUCUGACACAAAAGAGACUAGGGAGAACGAGGAAUUUUAUCUACCUUUAAAAGUUUGAGCAUUGUGUUCCGUAGCAGACUACUAAAAGCAUUCUUAAUAUCUACAGUGAUCGUGAGAAAUAGGCCUUUUACUUUAAUCGAGUUUUCCCUCGUCUUCUCAGCUCUUCUGAUGACCUUAUCGAUUCCUGUCAACAUCAACCCGCGUUUUCGGAAGCCAUGCUGGCUCCUAUAGAAAAAACCUCCUUCUUCGGCGAUUUUUCUGAACUUUUGCCUUGUUGUAGUUUCGACGAUUCUUGCCAUGUCACCCUUCCCAUGCAUUUAGUUCUUUUACUUUUACCGAUCAGCACGACAUCAUCCUUUUCAUUCUGAUGUGGAAUGGUCUGAGUUGAGGAUCUGUAUGGCAACCACAGUGAUCAUGUCAGAAAAGUUUUUGUUAGGAGUCAUUGAAGCUAUGGCCGGGGUCUUGUCCAGACCCGGCACUUUACCCGUUUUGAGUCAUUCUUCUGCCUGGAAAAGCCCCUUCCUUGUAACAAGUGGAUCUUUCCUCACAAUUUGGGCCUGUAAUUAUUCGCCAGGUCAACUAGAAGGCUGGUCCAAUGGUCUAAAUGCAAUAAACUUCUGCAUUAGAACAGACAUCCUGCGUACUUUCUUUCUUACAAGCCUAUUAAGGCAACUCAUGGGCUUUCCUGUAUUUCUUGUAGAAAAUUUUUCUAGCAGUUUCUCUUGCUAUUCCGGACAUAUAUCUUAUGUGCCGCUUUACUUUAUCUGUAAUCCUAGUAAUAUAUAAUAACCACUUGAAGCGCUUCUAGAUCGUCGCCGGCUAUGACUGAUUCUCGUUUUGAGUUUUCUCCUAGCUCGGUCUUAGACUGUUCUACUUUGAGCAAUUUUUUCAUUCUACUAGUAAUUUGGUUUCCAGCUCUGAUUUACCUUCCGAGGCCUUCUUAUUCAGCCGAGUGCUACUAGAAGUCGCUGUAGAUCUUCUCCACUUUGUGCUUCUUCAUAGUCGUGUACCCUGCGUUUUUGAUUUCUUUCGUACCUCAUUAUUUCAGACACACCAGAGACGUUUUGCUACUAGGACUCUCCAUCCAUCAAGCCAGGUCACCUUGCAUGUCGCGAAGUAUACGAAGGGAGAACUCGCGUGAUCUUGAAAGGUUGGCACGCCACAUUGCUGGUCCUUGCGUGGCCAUUCAUUCUAACAGCUGCCGAUUUCAUGCCGAUGGUGCUCAUUGUCGUCUCAAAGUUAUCACACUCAGCAAGGUCAGCCGGCUGACCUGUGGUGUUUAUCAGUGUCGGGACCUUAUUAGCAAGCAAAUGAACCUACUCCACUUACCUGCAUUUACAUGCGAGUUUUUUCCGUGACCCUUCGAACAGGUUGUCGUACCUGUAAGAUGUUCGUUUUGCACAUCGUCUCAUCACGGUCGUACCAUAGGUGCAGUCCUUCAGAACGUUCUCCAAUAAUCAUUGCUGGAAGCGUCUGUUCAUGACAGUCUGAUGGAAGCAUUGAAACGCAUUAUGCCUUAUCUUUCGACAUCGCAAGCAACAGAGCACCCCGAUCCAUUCCAUCAUCUGGUGAGAAGUCCAUUCUAUGCACAAUAUGACUACCAGGCCCAGACUAGCUGUCAGCGGCGCCCUUUAUUGGUUGUCAACGGAACAGUUUUUAUUUACUAGAACGUUUCAGAUAAUUCUCCAUCUUUUGUCACUUUUUUGUCACUUCCUCUUAUACAUAGGCUUCUACAAUCGUCUAUAUCCGGCAGAAUGUGGGACUUUUGCAUGACGGGACCGAUGAAUAACGCUAAGGGUAGUAGGAUCGUUUGAAUUGCAACGUUCAUGCCAAGAUUUUGAAUUCCCCUGCUUUUGAAAUGACUUCUCGAGUUUGACAGAUCGCGUGUACGAUUUAAAAUUUGCUAAAAGGCCAUGGACAUUAGAAUUAUAGCGAAACUAGCGAAACUGAAACCGGAGAUAUAUAUAUAUAUAUAUAUAUAGAUUCAAGUGUUAUAUAUCAAAAUGGACACCAAUUAUAUAUGUGUAUAUAUACAUAUAUAUAUAUUCGGUGUUCAUUUUGACUUUCAGCAAACUCGUAUGGUAGAUUUAGGAGUGAAAAAAGCGGUUGCAAUCGUUUGGUAGUAAAAUAUCGUAGUGAGUAACACAUUACUGUACCAGGAAAUCUGCCCCCCGUUAUCAACAAAAUAUGUUACAGAAACAAGAACUGCCCAUGCACUGACGCUAAGAAAGGACCGUCAAGCUACUCCCGGAUUUUUCACUCUCUCGAGGACCACAUGGCAUCGUAACAAUGUAAUGGUAGCCUAUUUGCUUACUAAUCUGAAUGGCAGGUAGGGUAAGCUAGAUGCAAAUGCGGCAUCGACAUAUGAUGUUCCAGUAAAAAGUCCAAUGAAUAAAUGAAGUGAUGAAUAUAGUAGGUCCUUACCCUGUUCGAUCCCUGUAUUAUUCGUACCGAGCCUGUUAAUCCCUCUGAUCUCUGAAACAACGGCGUUGAGGUAGUCUUAAGAGGAAGCUUAAAAAUCAGCCCUAGUAAGGAUCUAAGAUUGUAAAGCCUAUACUAGGCAUUGUAGAAUAAAAAUUAACUGCAGUUCCUUUGACCGAGUCGUUAACCAAAAUGUAGAAUGUUAAGGAGAAACCCUGUCACCCUCAAAGACAUUGAUGUCCACUGUAAAAUACGAAGGAAACAGAUGGUUUAAAAAUUUCUUAGACUUAUGCAAUUAAAAAAGUUGAAUGAUAAAAAAAUGCUAAUAUUGUAAUAUAGCUAUUGUGAGUAUCGAAAGAACUAUCUGAGUACUUCGAUACAAUUUAUUAAACACUAUGGAUAUCAUGUAAUGUCUG